UUACAAUUUGAUAUUAAUUUUGCUUUAACAUUUGAUGUACUUUCGUUAACAUUUCCAGAUUCCACACGAUGCAAACGAUCAGCUUUCAUUAAUAUAAUCACGAACCACUUAACUACGAGACAAGCGUUCUCCUCUACUAAAAAAAUACUAACAACUCAGGCCGCGUGGUAGCGCUAGUGCGCUGUAUUGCCUGUUUUUAAUCGAAGUUGGACGUAUUAUUAUCUACAGUAUUUGAUACGACUUAUUGUAGAACGGGUCUUAGGAAACUUCUUUCUUUUUAUAUUAUGCUAUGACCUGUGGCAAUAGUGAAUGUUAGUUCCUGAUAUAAUUCGCUCACAUUAAAUUUUGAUAAAAAUAUACUCAUUCGAUUAAUUCAAUCAAUACAACAAAUUAAAAUGCCGAAGGGAAAAACAAAAAGAUUUAUCGACAAGAAGAAUUCUGUUACGUUCCAUCUGGUCCAUCGGUCACAAAAAGAUCCAUUAGUGGCAGAUGAAACGGCACCCCAAAGAGUUCUCGUGCCAGUUGGUGAAAUACACGCGGCAAAAACAGAAAAAAAGACAGUAGACAGCGAAAAACGCAAAGAGGAACAGCAAAAAUAUGGGAUUUACUUCGAUGAUGACUACAAUUAUUUACAACAUUUGAAAGAUGUCAAUACAUUAUCAGUCGAAUGGCAACGCAUCGACAAUACUAAUCAUAUUAAAUGUGACAAAGAUGCUCCAAAAAUUAACUUACCAUCCUCUGUUUUUGCAUCAAAUGUUGAGGAAAAAGUUGGUAUGCUUAAUAAAGCGGCGCCAAUCUCUGGACCACAAUUGGAUCUUGAUCCAGAUAUGGUUGCUGCCAUGGAUGACGAUUUUGAUUUUGACGAUCCUGAAAAUCAGUUAGAAGACAAUUUCAUUAAAAUGGCUAAUGCUGGAAGUAGCGAUUGCGAGAGUUCCGACAGAGAAUAUGGUAACAUGAAUUUAGCCGACGAGGAGACAGAUGAUGUACAUAGUUUAAAUGGACCUCAAUAUACUUUCAAGGAAGAAGAAACAAAAUCAAAAUUUACAGAAUAUUCUAUAAGUAGUAGUGUGAUGAGAAGGAAUAAACAACUUACAUUGUUAGAUGAUAAAUUUGAACAGAUGUAUGCUGCGUAUGACGAAAAUGAAAUUGGUGCUUUAGAUUGUGAUGAAAUAGAAGGAUAUGUAGCGCACGAUUCGAAUCUUAUUCUGCAAUAUGCUGUUGAGUUUGAGAAAAAACGGAAAGAAGACACAGAAAAUAUUGCGGAGCUUAUGAAAGAUAGAAUGAAAAUUGUGGAAAGAGAAUAUUCGAGUUCAGAAGAUGAUGAUAUAGAAAAACUCGUUGUCGAUGCUCGUGAAAAGGAUAAAUGGGAUUGUGAAAGUAUUCUUAGCACAUAUAGUAACAUUUAUAAUCACCCCAAAUUAAUUCCAAAUCCUCCCAAGUGUUCAAAAAAGAUUGAAAUUGAUCGAAAAACAGGUGUUCCAAAAAAUGUAUUAGGCAACACUGGAAAAUUAACAGCUGAGGCAUUAGCUCAAUUUGAUGCAAUAGAUAAUACAUUAAAAGGUUCACAAUCCAUAGCAGAAAGUAGAAAAUCCACCUUAAGCAUUUUAAGUAUAAGACCUAAAGGAGAAACUUCCGAUGCAAGAAAAGAAAGAAAGAAAUUACUCAAAGAAUAUAGAAAAGAAAGACGGAUGGAACGAAAAGCAAACACAGAGGCAUUUAAAGAGGAAAAGAAAUGUCAAGAAAAGAUUAGGUUGAACAAUAGACAAAACAUUCAUGGAAAUCGUAUGAUAUAGAACUUUCUACAGAAAUAAUAUAUGCUUUGUAAUGAUAUGGUAAUAUAUCUUUACAGAUUUAACAAUUUUGAUU